AUGACAAUCAAAUACCUCUGCAGUCUAACAGGAAGUAGUAGGGGCUACAGCUCGGACUGCCUGGUGGUCUGCCUUUCUGAAACUCAGUAUGACUUCCUGAUAGAAACCACAAACUUUGCUGCAAAGAAAUAUAAUUCAUAUCCGCUCAAAACACCAACGCCCUUCACUGACAAGUUUACUUCAACAGGAGUUUUGGAAGACGAACUAAAGAAUGACACGCGCUUUAAACUGACUGUUGAUGACAGUAAAAACAAUCUAGACAUCUCAAAUGCCCAAUCUUCAGAUUCAGGGACCUACUUCUGUACUAUGAGUUAUUCCAUGAUCUUUCAGUUUGUGCAGAGUAUUACUGUUUUUGUGAAGGUUGCACAACUUAAUGUUAAGGCAGCGGUCAGUCAGUCUCCACAUGAGGGCAUAGAACCAGGAGACUCUGUGGUUCUAAAGUGUACUGUUGAGGCUGAGAUCUGUGACGGACAAAACAGGGUCCUCUGGUUCAAACAAUCUGAAGAGUCUGCUGCAGGAGUCCUUUAUAGUCACGGGGACAGCAGAGAUCAGUGUGAGAGUAAUACGGACAGUCCAACAAAGUCCUGUGUCUACAACCUCCCCAUACACAAUGUGAGCUCAGAGCAGACUGGGACCUACUACUGCGCUGUGGCCGCCUGCGGACAAGUCCUAUUAGGGAAUGGAACCAGGGUGUCUUUUGAAGCUGUACCUGUCCAUGUGUACGUCCUGAGUGGAGCGUUGGUGCUCACCUCCAGUCUGCUCAUCGGAGUGACUUUCUGCUUGUGCAUGAAAAACAGUACAGGAUCAAGACAAAAUUCAGAUUAUUCUGCAAAAUCAAAUGGUUUUCCUAAACUUGUCCAGUACAUGGCAGCUGAGCAGGUGGCAGAGGAAAGGAGACGACUGAUGGAUGGCUCAUGGAGUGAAUGCAUCUACUACAGUGUGGAAAGGGGUUUUAAAUAA